UGCAGCAUGGUUCAGCGUAUGGAUAUCGUAAAAAGAGUCCAUCCAAGUAUAAGCUCUAUUAACACUUUUUUUUAAUUAGCUAAUGCCAAAGUUUUUCCGCUUUCAUACGUCAACGAGGCUACUUACCAAGAAUGGACAACGCAAUUAGACGAACUUGCACGGCGCAUGAAGACCGAUAUCUACUUUGAUUUUGACAAUCAGUAUUUUGACAUCAAAGGCCGUUCCCAAAAAGCAUGUGACGAGACGAUGCGGCUUAUUGUACAAGUACUACUGCCUCACCUGCACAAGGAGAUUGAUGAAAUGAAAUUGGAUGGCACCUACCCUAAAGUUUCAUCGGGGAUUGUACGCUCUCCGUCGGAAGACAGGGCAUCUCCCAUGUCUCGCGCUUCGUCUCGAUCUUCCAUGUCGCGUCCUGCGUCCACAAGAGCAUCGAGCUCGUCGGAUGUGUUUCGUGCCACUGGCAAACCGCUGGAUCUUUCAAAAUUGGAUAACGAUAAAGACGAUUCUGAUAGCGACCAUUCGGACGGCAGCGAUGACAAUUCGGACGCAAAUACCUUUAAGGAUACCUUUACCUUUGCUAAAAACAUUGCUAAUCCCCAAGACGUGUUGGUCGGUCCACCUAUGAAUAACAUGCAAAAAGCCGAUUACCUCACGAUCGUUGGCGAUGACACCGACACACAGUGUUGGUUAGAUGGAAGGCAAGUCCAUAUUGUUGGCUCGAGCGAGGAAGAUGUACAAGAGGCUCUUUCGCGAUUCAGAAAUCUGCAAACAAUCUACAAACGUCGUAAGAGGGGAAAGACGAUCGUGCCUUGCGUUCACUAUCCGACCGAGUCACCCCACUAUGGCCUUUACUUUUGCGACAUUGAACGUUACGUGUAUAAAAACUUUAUUGGUGUUCAAGGAGGCCUACCUUCGCCGUUAUACGUUCUUCUUCCCGUUUUCAAAGAUGCGUCGGGCCAGUAUCAGAAACCCAAGGACAUGAUCGACUUGUCACCGCCGGCCAUGCCCAAGGCCCCCAUCCCUGCUGCGCCACAAUGGGUGCCACAUCAGCAUUUUCAGGAACAGCAAGCGUACAAUCAACGCAUGUUGAAUGAAACCAUGUCGGCCGCGCAGACAACACCCAAAAAGCAACCUCGGCCCAAGCCGCCGCAGCAGCGUGGCUCCGGAAGCAUGCGUCCAUCUGCUCCUUCCACUCCAUCCGGUCAAACCUCGCCACUGCCAGAAUGGGCUCCGGUCGAUUAUCAAAACAUAGCACCCGAUAGUACGCCGUUGUGGGGCGAGCAUAGAACAUUCAUGACGGAACGAUCGACCACCCCAAGACCCUCCAGUGGCAACAGCUAUGCAUCCCAUGCAGCGCCUCCGGUAGCUUCGCCCGUUGCCAAACCGCAAGAAGAUUUCCCGGCUUUGCCCUCGGCACCCAAAAAACCUUCGAUGGCUUCCCAAAUGCAAGGUCUUCAGCGGCGUGUCAUGCGUCUCAACUUACAGAAAGCGGGUCGUCCCAAACCUCCGACCAAAUCACUACUAGAAAUGGCAAAAGAGUACAAUUUACACAACAUGAAGACCGCACUUGAAGAUGGUCUGAACGGUGUUCGCGGUUUUAGAGGCGAGAUCAAACUGGGUGCAAAGCUUGGUAAAGUGAUGUGGGACAACUUGUCGGCGGAUGUACGAAAGAAGAUCUGGCAGUUCCAAGAGAUUAAGGAUGUCGUCGUGAAAGAAUUGGGAGUGCGUCCUGUUUUUAAUAAUAUGACCACCGCAUCCGAAGAGACUAUCACUCGCAUCUCUGAAAUUUUACCCAGCCCUUUCAGCAAAAUCGCCUAUUUUGAGAUUCAUGCAAACGCAAGGAACCAGCCGGCUCUGCCCUAUAAACCAGUGAUUAUGUACAUGAAUCAGGGACACGUCGAGCUUCAAAAAGUGGUUAUGCGCAAAGAUACAAUUACCGAAAUCGACUGGAUCUCGCUUGAUAGAAAAUUGGAUUUCCAAGUGUCGCUCACCACCCAAGAACUUGGACGCACAGAUGUGAAACCCUAUACAACCUUUAUCAAAAAGGUGUCGGUCAGCCCCAUCACACGCCAAAUGACUUAUGAAAAUAUUCCCGACUUUUUGGAAGUCACUCAUAUUUUGCUGAAGCAGACGACGAAAUAUCGAAUUCACUUCCCAUUCGUUGUGGAAAUCACUCGCGUGGAGCGUUUGCCGCUGCAGCGCCAAAAGUCGAUGGGCUAUGGUGUAGAAAAGAUCAUGGGUGUCACGGGCAAGGGACAGGUGUGGUAUGAUCUGGAAGUAUUUUAUACUCUGCACAAUGAACCGUUCAAAUCCAAUUUGGAACUCCCUGUCGGCAAGCUGGUCUCAUGGACGGUGGAGGAUAUUUUGGGUGGCGAAGAUCAAACGAGCGCUUUGGUUGAAUAUGUCCGUUGUCUGCUAUUGCUCGUUGAAAAAUCCGAGGCCUUGCUGUCUUGAAAAGUUUUAGCACUAUUCUAUGCAAUAAAAGUGAAUGUUUGGAUACACAUGCCCC